AUGACAAUCUUGGCCCUGGCACUAAUAGCCGGUGGAUUUGUUGGGUCCAGCGGAAACAGCGAAAAUAUAAGAGUGAAGAGACAAGUGAACUCUGGGGCUCCACUCAUCACCUGCCAGAACCUGACAACGACACCAAUCUCGAAGUACCCGCCAUACAACCUUUCCAACUUGAGCCCUGAUACAUUCAAGCUGUGUCCCGCUCUCCUGUACGACAAGAACCUCAGGAUCGAACAGUUGAACACCCUUGCUUCUAUCGCCCUUCUGGCAUAUUCCACGACAGCUGUCGGCAGAUGGGCAGACGACAUUUUGAACAACGUGUCCAUCAUCGCUCUUGGCCUGAAUGACACUCAGUUCGCCCAACUGAGUUAUUCUGCCAGUGCUCUGACCAAUUUGGGACUGAACCUCUACCACAUACCUGGUACUUUUGAAAAGAUCGUCACCCUCUACGCCAACUGGAAAACAAAGAAUACAGCUGCACUGACCACAACUUCCGUAACAGCCCUGCAAGGUGUCAUGUGUGGCUGCAACGAAACUGACCUCGGCCAACUCGUUAAUUACGAGUAA